AUGGACCGGCCCCUCGAGAUGGAGGCGUCGCUGGCGAGCGAGGACGACGACGGGAUCCUGGCGCCUGCGCCGAGCGCGCAGGUGAAGAACUUCGCGGGCGGGCUGUCGGCGCUCGAGCGGCAGAUGAGCGAGGUGGUGCGCCGGGCGGUGCAAGUGGCGAGGCAAAGAGGCAGCCUGCCGGACGUCCCUGAGGACGAGGGCGAAAAGAGGACGUACCUCCAGCACCCCGAGCUCCUCGCGAUCGACGAGCGCUUGGCGCUGCUGCACGAUCCGGACAAGAUGAUGCUUCAGGCGGACGACAUGCACAAGUUCACGGACCUCACCAAGUCCAAGGCCAUGGACGCGGAGACGGACAGCGAGUUCCACAACUACCUCAUCGCGGAGAUCCAGUCGGCCAUUCGCUGCUGGCUCUGUCGCUCGCGCUUCCUCCUGAUGCGCGGCGCGGCGAUCUACAUCCAGCAGUACUGGCGCAAGUGGCACGCCGAGCGCGUCCGCUACGCCCAAGAGUCCAACGCGGCCGCGAGGCGCAUCCAGACGACGUGGCGGAGGGUCCGUGACCGGCGCAUCUUCGCGUUCUACCGCGACCUGAUCGUCACGCGGGAGCGCGGAGACCCCGGGGUACUAUUGCGCGGCAUCAACCCCCUCGAGGCCGGGCUGGCGGACGCGGCGGCGGGCGUGCACGUGCGCUUCCGGCUCGGCGGCUCCACGUUCCCCCCGCUGAUCUUCUACAAGAUUUAUACCGGGCGGCCCGUGGCUGACGUAGGGUCGUUCGCGCCACGGGACUACGUCGCGGAGCGCAGCGACGAGAAGUCGGCGCGCACGGCCAAGGUGCUGGCUGGGAAGAUGGGCGCGCCGCUGCCGAACGCGGUGCUCGGGGUCGGGAACGCGGGCGUCGCGGGGCGGCCACGGGACAAGGCGCGGCGCAAGGCGGGCGGAGCGUCGCAGGGGGGGGGUGAGAGGGGGGAGUUCGAGUUGGACGAGCAGCUGAUCGAGUACGUCCGGCCAGACGGAACCUUCGGACGGCGGCCCGCGCGAAACUGGUACAGGCGCGUAGAGAACAACGGGUGGCGGCCGGUGGCGGACCGGCUGCUGGUGGACGCGGAGGCGGAGGAGCGGGCGCGCGAGUCGGCGAAGACGCUGCACCACAGCCACCUGCCGAAGCUGCGGCGCGAGGACGCGGCGCGCCGCGCGAAGGAGCGCAAGCGCCAGUGGCUGCGCGCGAUGUACAACAUGACGACGCAGUCGGCGGCGCCGUCGAAGAAAAGCAGCGCGAGGCACACCCCGGACAACGCAGAGGGCGCUCUGUUCUGGGCAGGAACGCGACAGGGCGCAAUCGGCGACCCGCCGCUGCCGGGGACCCCCGAGGGCGGGAGCCGCGCGCAGAACCUGGACCCGUUCGAGCGGUUCGAGCUCGGGAGGGGCGAGGACCCCCUGGAGGACCCCGAGAUGGAACACAUGCUGUUGAAGUGGGCGGGGGCCCUGGACUUCGACGAGUACAAGAAGUCGUGGGGCGACACGGCGCUGACGUCGACCGCGGACGCGUUCCUCGUCGAGACGCGGAACCUCGGCGUGAUGCGCAUCGCCGACCUCGACGCGGUGGACCCCAUCGCCAUCGACCUGGACCGCCGCGCAGCGUCGCCGUCGCCGCGCCCCACGAGUGCCGUGUCGAGCCACUUCCCGUCCACGCCGACGCCGCCCGGGUCCAGAUUCGUCACGUCGCGGCAGAUGUGGGACACGGCGCGCACGCCCGGCCGCGAGCCGUCGCUCGACGACGUCGACACAGCGCGCAGCCGCGCGUCCGCCGUCAUGGUGAUACGUCGCGAGCUCUCCGAGGACCAGAGCGGGCAGUCCGCGGGCGACGUUCGGCGCCCGGUGGCGGAGGCGCAGCCGCACCGCAAGAGCGUCAAGUGGGGCGAGAACCAAGUGAAGCAAUUGCCCGGCGCGGCAACGGCAAAGGCACCGCAGGGCGUGGCUCAGAAGCAGCAGCAGCAGCAGCAGCAGCAGGCGGCGAUGUCGCCGUGGAGCCCCGCGAGCAGCGCGCGGCCGUCGGUCGACAUGGGCUCGCAGCGGCCGCCGGACGCGGUGGUGGACCUCGCGCAGGGGAUGCAGCUGUCGGGCAUCGGGGGGUGGUCGAACCAAAACUCCCCCGCGCGGGGCCUGGGCGGGCAGGACAGCGAGGGCGCGCUGGCGCAGGCGGGCGGGUACCUGUAG